AUGCACCCUCUAAAUCCCUUUAUCCGUGCCUUCUUCCGCAGCACUGUUCCGGGCCAGUGCCUACCGAUCGAGAAUCAUGUUCUGCUCGUUCCUACGACUGAAUCCCUGAUCGGGUCGCGUGAUCGUGAAUCGAACCUCCUCUACUCCGACCUCGUCGUCUCGGAAGAAUUCCUGGGGAGUCAUGUCUUGCGGAUCCCCGUCGCCACCGGCGGUACUGGUGGGAAGGAUGAUUCGAACGUGCGCGAUAGCAGAGGAAAGGCAAAGCAAGUAACUACGGUUAACGGACGGACGGUUAUUAUCAAGGAAAACUCGGUGUACAGCAAUAAAGGUUUCAAGUCCCUGAGCCAAGCUCAAUUAAUAUCCGAUGCGCUAUACUACACACCGAGUAAUGAAUCCCAACCAUGGCUUGUAUACUAUAUCUCCCGACCCCUCAUCGGCUCUUUCGAUCCUGGAAAGAUCAUUUCAGCGGCAGUACCCGGAUCACUGCCAAUAAAAGCCAUCGCAAACAUCGAAACACGGUCUGGAGAAUCAAUGUCUUCGCCGCCUAAGAAGGAAAUCAGAACCUUUGGAGAAUUGCUGGCAAAUUUCCCCAUGAUUGCACGCCAAAUGCAACCGGGUUUGGAAAGAUUAUUCCGAGAAUUUGGCAAAGAGCUGGGGAAGCCAUUACCACCUCCGCCAUCGCGUUCGCCUUCCAUACCUGAUGAAAACGAAAGAAAAAGAGGCCAGGACGAAUCAUUGUUGGCCGAAGAAGUCGCUUCUAUUCGCAGCACGUCAUCUCGUGGCAGAGAACGGUUACCCUUCAAUUCUGAAGAAUACUUCGAGGACGACGAGGACCUAAUGCGACGCAGCUUGGAGACGGCGGUGACUGCUGCGAUUGAUCUGUUUCGUCUAGUGGAUAAACAGCAAUUGUCUUUCCUUGGCGCCACUACUGAUCUUACUGGACCUCUGGUUGAACGGUUGAUUGAACGUUACGUCGCUGAACAGGUGCAUGAAUCACUUCUAUUUCCCCGUCUUUGCAGCUUUCGCCGGCCUGAGGAUGUGGAAUUGGAUUCCAGAAUCCGUCAAAUGGAGUAUAUUGAUGUUUCUCAGGUUGGGAUUGUGGUGGAGGGUGGACGUGAAGGAAAGAGAGAGCUGCUUCAACGCCUUGGGAGAGGAGUUGAGGAAUUCCGGAAAAUGCUGGAUGGCAGAUGUCCCCAUGACAUGCUGAACACUCUCCUUGAGACAGUCAAGGUGAUAUCCUUCCCUGGAAAUUACGACAAAGCCGACCCACUGGCGUCUGAAAAGCAGACAGCCCCCAUGAUGGUAAAUGCCGACGUUUUGGUCUCAUUAUUACUUGUUGUUGUCAUCAGAUCUCAAGUCCGACAUUUACAAGCCAGGCUCCUGUACAUGCAGCAUUUUAUUUACAUUGACGAUGUCGAUAGUGGUGAAAUGGGUUACGCCCUAAGCACCUUCGAGGCUGUUCUCACUUAUUUAGUGACAGACUCGGCAGGUCUCAGAAGGGCUAGCAUCCGGAACAAGCGUCUGUGGAAUGCCACAAAAGGGGGUCGAAUCAAUGAUAUGAAGGGUAUCUUAGAACCAGAUGGAGACCAUGAAUCUCUGGAAGAUAUACCCUACGAACCUGAGAGGAAAUCAGUGUUAUUCAAAACCGAUGAGGAUGAAGAUAGGGCAGCAGAAGAUGAAGUGAUCGACCCUCCACGUGAGCCUUUUUCUAUAUACAGAACAUCGAGCGACCAACGCAAUGAGACGUCGCGCAUUGAAAUUCCUACAGAGACACCGCCGUUGUCACACGUGUUUCCUUUCCAAACAUGGACAGGCACAUCGCCCCCCAAAGAAACCCGACGUCCAGUCAAAAGAGUCUCCAUGGACGUUCGAAGUCUAUCCGAGUCAUCCGCCAUAUCUCUCACUUCACGAACUACUAUCGGGUCCAUGACAAGCACGAUUGAAGGUGAUAGCUCAAUCGAGACCUUGACAAAGACGCAGGACCCGGCAGGCGACUCGAUCCCUAUGAUGGCUGUGGAGUGUCGUCAAUCAGAGGCGCUUAAGUAUCUUUUAAGCCUGGAAGAAUAUUAUCCAUUACAAGACAUCCUCAGUGAUACCAACACGGACGGAACGACACUGCUAAAUGCUGCUGUCCAGCUCGCUCACACCGAGAUGGUUGACAUCCUACUUGAUUUCUUCUUCAAAACAACUGAUGAAAGCACCAUUAUCUCUUAUCUGAAGAAGUCAGAUAUGCAUGGACGCACAGUUGCUCACUAUCUUUUCAGCACGCCAUCGGUCAUGUCCAGAUUAGGGGCAAUCCUUCCCUGGCGACAGCGCGACAAGCACGGGCAGACACCGCUUUUCGCGCUCUGUCGAUCUUAUGAUCAUCCCUACUACAAGUCAAUGGUUCAGGAUGCUCUAACGUCUGCUCAGAGAUUCCAAAAGGAUGGUAGACCUCUGCGACUUGAUGACCAUAUUGACUCUAAGGGCAAUACUUUGUUACACAUUGUUGGUGAUCCCGAAAUCACGAUUCGGAUCCUUCAGGAGACUGAUUGCGACCCAAACGCAACAAAUGAUAAGAGAUUCACUCCUCUGAUGAUGGCCAGCAAGUACGGGCGCAUAGAUCAAGUGCGAAUUCUUUUUAUGGACCCAAGGGUAGAUGUUCACCUCAAGGAGGUCCGUGGAUUAACGGCAGUUGAGCUUGCGAAAGAUGAUGAGGUUCGAAAUCGUAUUGACGAUCUGAUACUUCUCUCCAACCCCCCAUCAGCGUAUGAUGAUCCAUCUGGUCGUGUUACUACUGUCGUGCGUUCGUUCUUUGUCGAGGAUGCCACUGUACGUUUCAUUCUCAAGUCCGGCGCUCCCAACCCUCCGUCAGAAUCUGUAGCAUCUAGACCUGGAUCUACGACCUAUACUGUCACUACGUGCCGUCGCAGCUUUUCCGAUUUUGAAAAUCUGGCCAAAUGGCUUUCCGUCGAGCACCCUGCUUCGUACAUCCCGUCUCUCUCUGAUUUCCGCAGCCCUUUCCAGAUCCACUCUAAACCAUCUCGAUCUGUGCUUCAUGAUUUGCAGGAGAAAUUGGAUAGAUUCCUGAAAAUUUUACUUACGCACCCAACAUUUGCCACCCAUGAAAUGCUGUGGGAAUUCUUCCUGGUGCCUGAGUUGCAGCCCGAGAUGAUGGCGGAUAGAUCUCGUCGAAAGGCACAAGUACUCUCCGAGUCAAUCAUCGAUGAUUACCAGCCAGUCACGCCAGAGAGUAUGCGCGAGACGGAGCAGUUCGUCUCCCAUGCGCAGGACAUGGUCCGUGCUGCCCAUGCCAACACCCGCAGUCUCAUCCGUCGUGGACACGCCCUGCAGAAUGCUGCCUCCGAUUUGGCAGAUGCUGUGUCUUUGUGCUCUUCUAUUGUCUCCACUCUCAAGGAGCCUACCAAUGCCCUUCCCAAAUCACACCUGGAUGCAUUUGCACGUUACGCUUCUCAUAUCUCCACUUCAUCUUCAGACUCCUCUCCUCUCCUUCAGUAUCUUGCCGCGCUCUCGUCCAUCGAUAACACCACUGCUGCUAUCCUCGGCUCACUAUCACGCCCUAUCUCACUUAUGUCAACCCUAUCAUCCUUGAAUCGCAACCUCUCCCGGUCCCGCACAUCUCUCGUCUCAUCUUCUCUACCCCGAAAAUUCAAUUUGAACUUCCCCGGCCUCGAAGAGUCAAGACAGAAAUCCGUUCGAGAUCUGGAACAAAAGGUUCACGAGUCUGAAACUCAGAUUUCCCACCUCUCACGAGAAAUCACAUGGAACAAGGACGUUGUCGUCGGGGAACUUGCAGGAUGGACCUCUUGGAGAGAGAAAGUCGGACGAGAGGCGAUCCGGUCCUUCGUCAAAACCACUAUUGUACGGGAGAAAGAGCGUGGGAAAAGACUCGAACGGUGUUUGAGGGGCGUUCGUGAGAUGAACGGCCAGUACGAUAAAUAG